GUAGCCUAUUCUGUUCAUAGACAAAACACCCCAUUGCAGGGUGGAGACUCGAAGUAAAAGAGGGACAACAUCAGUCCAAAACUGAUACUGAACUCAGACAGAGAUAUUUUUCCUCGAUCUCUACGUUUUGCAGACACAACAACGCGCGUGCACGCUAUCUGUCGCAAACAUUCGCAAAGUCUGGACUUGGGUGGUAGACAGCGUCUGCCUCGUGCAGCAACGGGAGGAGUAGCCUAGACCUUAGACAAGCGUAGUAGACAACCAUACACCUCCUGGAAUGACGUGCAGCGCAUACGCAGCCUGCACAUUAGGUUACAAUGAGAGGGAUCAUCUAACAGUAACGAUUGGGAUUUACCAACAAUUGUUUUCCUAAAGUUAUAGUUAUUGACUGGUCCUUAUUGAUGACAACGUCCAGCUUCGAAGCGUGUUCAGCACAUGACGGUAAGUUGCUACGCCUUUGUGUUUCCCUACCUAGUUUACAUUUCAUGUGUUUUCGUGCUGUGGCCACAGUGAAUGUUAUCUCUGUUUCAGUGUGUGAUGUUUUUUUUUUUUUUUUUUUGUAUGAUAGUCCUUGUCAUUUGCCAAGGCGUAUGACGCCCCAUUGAUCUUAAAGGAAGGAGGAAACCUGACCAACCUAAAUGAUCAAGAAAGACACAAUAUCAAUACAAUUAUAGCUCAUCACUAGUUCUUAGGCUUAAUGGUGAACUUGCUUCUAUUUUUUGCUAGGUAGUCUUCUUGCUAAGGUAGUCUAUAGCUAAGUGAACCAGACAGUUCAGUUUGUGGGGGAGAGACAGUUGUGUGUUCGUCUGUGUACCAUACGCGCAAAACGAGCUAUAACCAGCAUUUAAUGCAUCUAAUUUUGGUUACGAGGGCUCUUUUAUAGAUACGUCAUUAGUUGCACGUAGAUUUAAACACACUCAGAAGUGCACAGUAGCUACAUUUCUAUGUGAAAAGGUAGGCUAUAUGAGUGUGAUGCAACUCUUUGUUACAUGGUAUCUCUUUGUUUAACGCGUGGUGUUGGUAGAUGGCGCUGAAGCUGCUCACACAAGUUCGAAUAGCCUAUAAGACUAUAGAUUUAAAUUGCAAUUCAUUUUUUUGAAUUGGCCACCAUGGAUGAUGAUGUUUAAGUUAAACAACUGUCACAACAGAUGUCUCACUUUGUCAUAUGUCCUAGAUUAUUAUUGUGUUGUUAUUACACAUACGUCAGAAUGAACAUUAAUAAUGUAACUUCCCAGUUCUGAAAUUUCUGUUAAGCAAAGCAAUUGAUUAUGGUGUAAAUGUAGGGUUGAUUAAUACAGGCUACCAGUGAGUAAUGAGAUAACCCAUGGGUUAGUCUUGUCUGCUCUCACACAUGUGAGUAUCAACCCAUUUUUAUAAUCAGAUUAAUUGAACUUAAUUGAUCAAAUCACAUUCUAACCUGAACAAUGGUAAUGCUGUUUCCAGGAUCUACAAAGCUGUUGCAGCCCUGUGUCUAGUCAGUGGUGAAAGAUGCUGGAUGGACUACAUGGGGGCCAGUCUUGUGUACCCUCCUCCAGGCCAGUGUCAAUCAGUGUCAGCAGCCUCUCUUUGUUACCACAUUGCUUUUACAUGGAUGGGAGCAAUCAUCCGAUCCGGAGGACUCUCUACCGGCUGAAGCUAGUGAGUUCUCCUAACCUCACUCAGUUGGGGAAGAGUGACAAAGCCUCCUUGGAGGACAGGGGAAAUGGUCCUAAUGCUGUCUGGAACAGCAUCCACAAUGCAGUCAUUGGCGUGUUCCAGAGAAAGGGCUUGGCCGACAAUGAACUGUAUGCCCUAAAUGAGGGUGUAAGACAGCUGUUGAAAACAGAGUUGGGCUCCUUUUUUACUGAGUAUCUUCAGAAGCAGUUACUGACAAAAGGAAUGGUCAUUUUACGUGACAAAAUCCGCUUCUAUGAAGGUCAGAAAUUAUUGGACUCGUUAGCUGAGACAUGGGACUUCUUCUUUGGCGAUGUCCUCUCCAUGUUGCAAGCCAUAUUCCACCCAGUUCAGGGGAAGGAGCCCUCUGUGAGACAGCUGGCACUAUUGCAUUUCCGGAACACCAUCACCCUCAACAUGAAACUGGAGGAGGCCUUGUGUCGACCCCGCGCACGCGUCCCUCCCUCCAUCGUUCAGAUGCUCCUCAUACUGCAGGGAGUCCAUGAGUCCCGAGGCGUGAGUGAGGAGUACAUCAGACUGGAGGCGCUCAUCCAGAGGGUGGUGUCUCCCUACCUGGGAACUCAGGGACUGCGCUCUCACGAAAACCCACUCUCAGAAUGCUCUUACACACUAGACAAGCAUUUGCACUGGGCUUGGUCAAAGCCAGGUGACGCACACACCAACCCCGUUGUGCGAUCUAAGAGCUACAACAUUCCGAUGCUGACGCCAGUGGCGGAGUACGACUCAGAGGUCGGCUCUCUGGGCAGCGUGGGCAUUCGCCGUCACUCCGCCUGCGAGGUCUCGGCCUGCUUGGAACAGCCAGGCUACCCCAUGCUUGGCACUACUGUGGACACUGGCUCAACCCCCAGACUCUGCCUCGAACAUGACCUCCCUUUGCGAGGGGCCUCGGUCCAGCCCGGCCUGCUCUCGUCCGCCAUCUUUCCUCCACAUUGUGCAGGGACCCUGCACCCGCCCGGCGGUCAGCCCUGUCACCCCGAGCUGGCCAAAGCCCACUCGUCCCCCGCCAGCUGCUCCUCCAGCCCAGAGACCACCAUCGUCCAAGGUCUCGACUCCCUGGACUCCGAUCAGGAAGGGAUCUUCAUUGACUUCUCUCACUGCCGCUCAGAGUCAUAUGGUACCACGCGUCAGACUAGCUAACCCACCAGAAACCAAUUAUCUCCUCGCACCAUUUACCUACAUCCACCCAACAAAGGAUGUUAAUACUUCUGUUCUCUAUCAUGAGGAUUAAGAUCACUAAACAUUCCUUAUUUUAGAUCAUUUUGUCAUCUUAGUUUGUCAUGUCGCCUUGAGGAUAAGGGCAGGGUUGUAAGUUUUUAUAUAAUUUCCCAAGAUUGACAGAAAAUGUGUGUCUUCGUUAUUCAAAGAAAUCCACGUCUUCUCUACAUCUUCAAACUUCCAUGUUUUCUUGUUUUGAUUCGUUUUGAGAUAUUACUUGAUGAGUAGAUUUAAAUGACGCUUUGUUCAGAUUUCCAUGAAGUCAAAACCAUGUAAAAUAUAUUGGCCUUUGCUUUUUUAUUAAUGAUGUUUGAAACUUACAUGAAUUUUACACAAUGAAAACUUUAAAAAGAAUCACUUUUCACUAUUGUCAAAUUAUUUCUUAAAUUAAGUUGGCCACUUUAAUAUGUUUUGAUAGUUAUUUCUAUGCAAAAUAGAGUAGCUUGCAUUUUUGUUGGGUAGAAAUGAAUAUGGGAGUUAUCUUUUCUUAACUUGAGUAGUGAAGCAAAUUUAAGAAAUACAUCAAGGUAAACCUCUACUUGAUUGUCACAAGUUUAUUACAAGAUCAUCACAAUUGUAUUAAAGAACACCGAUAUAAGUA